AUAUACAAUCGCACUAACUGGAGCAGAUCCUUGUGUUUGAAUACUGGACAUAAACCUCAGACGACUGGGACAAUAAUGCAGCGUUUUGAAUUAGCCUCCGAUGACUAGAGGAAACUACGAGACCACCAUCUCCAUGCUUCUGAGAGGAACAGAGACACAGGAGGAUGUCAACAGAGGCAGACCGUCAAGCAGACGUCAAACUCACUGUUAAGAAGGAGUCCAGGAGGAAAGGUCAGGAUCGCAGCGAGCAGGUCCUGGUUCAGCGCUUCAGAGGCGAUGGCAUCAGGUACAAGGCCAAGCUGAUUGGGAUUGAUGAUGUGACGACCACACGUGGAGACAAGCUGUGUCAGGACUCCAUGAUGAAGCUAAAGGGAAUUGCUGCCUCGGCACGAUCAAAAGGAAACCACAAACAGAGAAUAUUCCUAACUGUGUCUUUUGGUGGAAUCAAGAUUUAUGAUGAGAGAUCCGGGGUCUUACAACACCAUCACUCUGUACACGAAAUCUCCUACAUUGCCAAAGACACAAGGGACCAUCGCGCCUUUGGCUAUGUGUGCGGUAAAAAAGGCAACCACAAAUUUGUGGCAAUCAAGACAAGCCAUUCGGCAGAGCCGGUUAUACUGGACCUGCGUGACCUUUUCACCCUGGUCUAUGACAUCAAACAGAGGGAGGAGUCACAGAAAAAGGCUCAGAAGGACAAGCACUGUGAACAAGCCAUCUAUCAGACGAUUCUGGAAGAUGAGAUUGAUGAUCCAGUCUAUCAGUACAUUGUGUUUGAAGCUGGACACGAGCCCCUCCACCAAUCAGAGGAGAGCGUUUACCAGGUCCCCACAAGUCAUCAGAAAGACGGGAUCUAUGAUGUUCCAAAACACCAUCUUAUGACUAAUAUAAGCCAGUUUGAUCUUUUCGGUGACAUGGCCACCCCCCCAGACAUCCUUUCAAUGCCAGCGUCGCCUGCUACCACAGUGGAUCCUGGAAGGAGACGCCGGCAGCUCCGCCCAGAACUCCUUACGCAUUUUAGCCCACCGGCCGUGCCCUCGGGUUAUAUGACCAUGAGUACUAUCCAGGCUGCUCACUGGACCCAACAAUCGUUCGCCUCCCAGGCUGGUCCAAUGGCCUUCGGUGUUCAGGCCCCAUUGCAGGUGGCCCAGAUGCUUCCUGGAGGCCAGCCUGUGAUUUGGGGUCAGGCUAACCUCUUCCACUCUCCAGCAACUGGCCAGCAGCAAUGGGCAUUCGUCCCAGCCCAGACAGUUGGCAUGGGGUCCCAUCCGAUUCCAGCCGCAGUGCUUCAGGGUCUGGUCCCCAUUGCUGCCAUGCGCCCUCACUCCUGUGAACCUCCCGAGGCUUCGUCCAACAUCAUGAGUCCUCAGCACUCUGGAGACUCUAAGCACACCCUAAACACGGACCCCCAGGAGGAAUCCAUAGCUGUUCACAUUUGCACAAGCAAACAAGACACUGCACAGCCCUCUGGGAAACAGAUCAUGGACUGCGCUGCUGAGCUUGACUUUUCACAGAUGAAAUUGACUUCAGGGUCAUCGAUACCACCAUCCCCAACUGACUCUUGUGCUACUCCUGGUCCUGAGCAGGAAACCACGUCCCCUUCAACAGAGCCAUUACUGGCUGCAGAAGACAGCUCAGUCAAUCAGACAGAAGUUUUGGAGGCCUGUGCUCAAACUCUCAGCACUGAUGAGAUGCCACCAGAAGCUCAGAUAAGCCUUCCAGACACUUCACAGCUAGACGUAAGAGAGAUGUCUUCAGGUGCUGUAGUGCUUUGCAGUUCAGGAGACGCUGUUCAGCCGCCUAAAGACCCCGUGGACUGUUCACUGUCUGAAUGGUCUUCAUGGACGCGCUGUGACCCCUGCUAUAAGAAGAGGUACCGCUAUGCCACACUUAUCCAGCCGUCUGAGUUUGGAGGAGAGCCGUGUCAUGAUCACGGCAGAGAGGAGGAAUCCUGCACUGCUCCAUCACGAUACUCCUGCCAGAAACCCACUCCUCCAUGCCAAGGCUUCCGUUGUACUACCACAGGUCGCUGUGUGCUGGAGGGUCUUCGCUGUAAUGGCGAUGAUGACUGUGGCGAUGGUUCUGAUGAACAGGGCUGUGUUAAAGUGUACAAAGCAUGCAAACAGCCAACUGAGGAAUAUUAUGGAAUCGAGAAUCUUGCCAAAGGAAUCAACAUUUUGAAUGGUAAACUGGAAGCAGUGGUGCUUGAUAACCGAUACUAUGCUGGUGGCUGCGUGCCACAUUUUAUCCAGGAUGUUCGCUUCAGGAAGCCAUAUAACAUACAACAGUACACAAUAGAGACAAAAGGCUCCUAUGAUUUCACGCUGGAGGCAUACGAGUCUUACAAUGAAUACUCCAAGAGUGAAAGCAAGGCAACUUUAUCCAAGACCAGCGUGUCAUUUGGAAUUGCUGUUCCUCAGGUGUUUGAAUUCAGUUUUAGUUACAAUGACCACAAAUACAAAAAGUCAGUGAAGAAGAUGCGCACCUUUUCAGGGACGAAAAAAAAAUUCAUCCGAGCAUACUCUGAGCUUGAGGUAGCUCGCUAUGCUUUAAAGACCGCAAACCUGGUGCUACACCCUGAAUUCCUGUCCCGCUUGCGCGCCCUGCCACUGGAAUACACAUAUGGAGAAUAUCGCCAGAUCUACAGUGACUAUGGGACACAUUUCAUCAAAGAGGCAACUCUCGGUGGAGAUUUUGAAUAUACUGUUGUCCUCAAUGAUGAGCGACUUGAAAAAUCUGGAUACACACUUGAAGAAACCAAGAAAUGUGUCCAGGCUGGGCUGAAAAUUGGAGCCCAAAUUAAGAAAGUGUAUGUGGGUGCAGGAUUUUCAGGUGGUAGCUGCAAAGGCCUGUUGGAAGAGCUUGGAGAUUCCAGUAAAGAAAGGGACAUGGUGGAAGAUGUCUUUAUUGAGGUCAGAGGGGGUGACAGUGAAACAGUGUCACGUCUAGCUGCAAAACAGCUACCAACUCCAGACAUCAUGCAGCUGUGGGGCGAUGCCGUGUUCUACAAUCCAGAUUUUAUUCACAAGAAGAUAGAACCACUUUAUGAGUUGGUGCCAUCACAAGAAUCGAAUGCUAACAUCCUGAAGAAAAACCUGAGGAGAGCUCUGUCCGAGUACCUGAAGGAAAUCAGCUCCUGUCGCUGCUCCCCCUGCCUCAAUAAUGGCAUGGCGGUGCUCAAAGGCACCAGGUGUAUUUGUAUUUGUCCAGCUGGUUUCAGAGGAGUGAGCUGUGAGAUCACCCAACGAAAAGCAUCUGCAGUGGACGGCAGCUGGAGCUGCUGGUCUUCAUGGUCCGCCUGCUCAAGGAGGAGCCAGCUCCGCACCCGCCAGUGUGACAAUCCAGCCCCGCAGAACGGAGGAGCAGCGUGCCUCGGGUCCCAGGAGGAGUCAGCCGUCUGCCUCUAAC